AUGGGCGCCCCGCACUUGGCAAUGGGUAGGGUUAGUGAGCGUGGCCUACCUAAAAAACAGUAAAAUAAUUUUAAAAAGAAAACUUUGCUAAUUUCUUUAAACUGUGUAAGUUUUGUGUUAGUAAUUAAAUUUUGCGAUAAAAAUGGUUUCCGUUACGGAGAAAAUUUAAAAGAAUUUUGAAAUACUUUGCCUUUCGUUUAGUAAGUAGUACUGAUUUCAACUAUUUGAAAUGGGGGUAACUUAUUCUCACACAGGAGCGGAGUCCACUGAUUCAUCCUAAUUCGGUAUGUGACCAAAGCAAAGGCUUCAUACUACAAUUGAGGACGUUUGAAUGUUUUGUUUGUUUGUUAGAAUCUGCUCGAACACUUAACCUGUUCUAAGCACUGGAGCAUUCAGCAGACAACCAGAAUUGGUGGGGGCUCGGUAACGACAACUAUCAGAAGAACAAAUCGAAACCGUCAGGCAACUACAGCGAGAGUGCUAAUACUCAAUUGUUGAAAAUAUAAUUUGGAAUGUGGAGACAGUAUAUGUUGAAAGUGGGCCAAAUCUGGUGAGGAGUGAAAAAGACGUUGGAAAAGGGGGCGUCGAAAUAAAGACAUACAAGACUGAUAGAAUGUAGAUCAGGGACGAAUUGAUACAUCAGCAGAUAUUUUGCCCCUCCUCCUCAACUUUUAUUCUGAGUUCCGUUUGCAGUGUUUGCAUUAAUUGUCGUCCUCUCACUGUGCCAUCCCAUAGUAUACUACCCAUUCACAUUCCGGGAGUUGGUUUUUCUACCGUUUUUAAUCCCCAUAUAGCCCUGACUUGCUAUUUAAUGUCCAGUGCAACCAAAGUCGUGUUCGCAGAUCUAGAAUAUUACCUGUCAUUAUCCAUGCACUGACUUUCUGAGACAUUUCUAAUUUCGCAAGUGUUGGUUAUAGGUUGUCCGCUUUCCAUCACCUUAUUGGUUUUGUGAUUGCGCGGUGCAGAGUGUCGGACGCAACAUAAAUCCAUUGUGGCACAUGAAUUACGGUCUUAUAAUCCAGUUUUCUUUAGACAUUCCCAUUUGACCAUGCGAAAGUAACGAAGUCUGCAACCAAAAGCAGUUUGUUAGGUGAAUCUUCGAGGCUGCAGUCUCGAGAAACCAUAGUGUUUCAUCGUCAGACAAAGUUCCAAAAUUGUUGGAUUUUAACCUCGCCAAAAGGCUUUGCGACUAACUAAGGUUGACGCUGAUUACCGCCCAUGCGCCCCGUCACUGGGUUAGCUGACUGCAAUUCGUCAAUAGGCGUAUCGUUGCAAUGCCACACUGGCAUUAGAACGAUACGCCUAUUGAUGCAUGCGCCACCAAGUGGAGGCAAACUCCUGUGUUAAAGUAAACAGCCAAAUGUUGCUCUUCUUAUGCACACUGAGCUUUUCUUGAGUGCUCGAGAUGCCUGAUCGGUACAGGGAACACAUCCCCUCAAUCAGGCCAUUCUAAAGAACAUCUCGAAUAGCAGGACUGACUUUUGUUUCAGGGUUCUGAAGUCAACAAAUGCUGAUAAUGAAUAAUUGUAUGAACCACUAGAUUUCAGGCAAAUCCAUCUUGCCCAACACCAGUCAACACAAUUGUUAGGCGAGCACAGAAAUGACUUUGAACCGUUUUGUUGGAGCCUAGCCGUGUGACUUACGUUCAUUCUGUGGAGGCAAAUCUGUCUGCAGUCCUCGCGGGUGGCGAGUAACAAAGCAAACUUAGUCCUAGCUCGCUUUUAAAUAAACAAGACUCCCAAUUCUGGCUAAUAAAUAGUUACAAAUGAUGCGAUGGAUCGAGGCGAGGUCGUGAACUGAAGCAUUAUUAUGGCAUGGCCAGUGAUUGCUGACAGUCUGCAAUGGUCUCACUCAUAACCGCCGCAUUACAGAUUUCAAUUCCACUUUCCGGUAGAGAUCAUUAAAGAUUUGGCGCAUCUAUUCAGUAAUAAAAACCUGUCUUUACGCGCGUUCUCAGGCCUCCGUUUUUAGUAAAAUUUGCGCUACUACCUGUGUUACCUCUGUAAGAUAUCUUGCUUUCCUUCCUAGACCAGAGUGGCGACUCACCAGCUCCCAGCUUCUAACGAUUUGGGUAAAUUUCCAAACCAAGUACUUUGUUAUUCUGUCUGCGGGGAUUUAUUGCACCCUGUAGAACAGGGACGCCAGAAUUAGUGUGCGGUUCAGGAAGUCUAUGCUGCUCAGGAAGUGUUCAUACGUACAUUACAGUCACCCCCGCUCCCCCCAGGUUAUUAGAAAGAUUGGCAUGUAUUUUCAGACGACUUUACUUCUUUAAUAUGCCAGCUAGCCGUUUAACCGUAUAAUCAGAGGAAGAUGUUUUCUAUAUAUUUGGUUCUUCCAGUUUACGAUCGAAAUAUUAGUUUUGCGAUUUCCCGCAUGAAAUGGUCACCACAUGGUCAUAUGGCAGGAGGAAACGGCAUCGGCCUGAGGAAACCAGGGACUCCGGACUGUUGAAUGUUUUGGGCCGAGUUUGAACACGUCAACCAGUCGUUGUUUGCGACGAAUUAUCGGGCUAUCGUAUUUUAAUUAGUCGCAUCCUCACAAGAAAUUAUGAACUGUUGGGUUUCACAGGGGGGGGGGGGAAGACCAUUGGUCAAUCGGUGCAGUUUUUCCGUCGGGGAGAAGCGAUGAGCAACCAUUACGGUCGGUAGAUUUCUCAGGCGUGCUUUAAGAUACACUAAACGUAAAAUCGGGGCCACUUUCUUGCUUGUCGUAGCCAUUUCUGUCGUCUACAUAAUCCAUUGCUGCAAUAAGUUUGCAUGGAAAAACCAACCCCCCAUAUAUGACUCGCGUGGCCUGAUCAGCGUCCGCAUGGGAGCUACUACUUACCAAGUGGUAUGGUAUCGAGUUGAAGACGACCUUUGCUUCACUCCAUUCUGACUAAAUAAAUGGCCAUCCGAUUUGGAACCCGGGCAUCUGGGGCCAAAAGACUUGUGCAGAGCCCUUGCGUUGACCUUGACACAACACAUACCCAUCCGAAGUCUCCUUCUCCAUCAAUUCUGAUGAUUUCAUUCUGCUUUUCUCCUUAACCAUCCUACUGGCCCGCUUUGCUUCCGAGAGUGGACACCGGCCUCAUGAUAAAUUACCUCGUAUGAUAAAUUACUCUGGACAUGUAACCGUUUACAUAACUACAGUGUCCCGAUGAUUGUUUGUCCGCAACGUUUACUUACGAACGUGUCUUCCAGACUUAGAGCACAUAUAGUUCACAGCCACGUUGGUUGUUUGCGUUCUCCCACACUGUUUAUCCCACUGUCUCAGUUGACGGAGUGUGACUUAGUUAGUGUCUUGACAACACAGCAACUUGUAGCAUUCUUUUUUAAAAUCUUUAUUAAUUGUCUUUCGUGCUAACCUCCAUUCCCCUGCAUUCCCGUUGGGUUUCAUACGAACAAAUAGCAAUGGACAAUUACAAUUUAGGUCAUAUUGAAUAGGUCAUUUCUCAGAUGGAAAUUGAGGUCUUUGCUUUUUCAGACACCAUGCAACCCAAGGCGAAAUCGGACAUUCUGGUCGGUAUUAUCUUACCCCUAUCCAUCGGCCUCUGUCUGCGUUGCGCCACAAUGCUGCACCCCUAUUCCGGUGCUGGAUCACCGCCGAUGUUUGGCGACUUUGAAGCCCAACGUCACUGGAUGGAAAUAACUGUAAAUCUUCCCGCACGCGGUUGGUACUUCAACUCCUCAGAAAACGAUCUCAACUACUGGGGUCUGGAUUAUCCUCCGCUGACGGCCUACCACAGCUACCUUCUUGGAAGCAUUGCUCAGAAGGUGAACGCCUCCUGGGUGGAGUUGUAUGCCUCAAGAGGGCUGGAAACCGCCGAACAUAAGCUUUUUAUGCGCUACACCGUUCUCCUCUCUGAACUCCUAACCUACACCCCAGCCGUCAUCUACUUCGUCUGUACUGCUGUCAAACACCUAACGAUGACGCCCUGCGUCGGUCCGGGUGUCCUUUCGCUCCUCAUGUUUUCAUAUCCCGGCUUGAUACUGAUAGAUCAUGGUCACUUUCAGUACAAUUGUGUGAGUCUUGGUCUUUUUCUCUCGGCCUUCGGUCUCUUCUGCAGCGAUCACAGUGUCCUCGGCACCAUCUCCUUCUGCCUGGCCUUGACCUACAAGCAAAUGGAAUUAUAUCAUGCCCUGCCCUUUUUCUGCUUCCUUCUCGGCCGCUGUCUUUGUCAGACGCCGAGGCGUGCCGCUCUUCAGUUCUUCUACUUGGCUGCUACGGUUUGCACCACUUUUGGUCUGGUAUUGCUUCCCUUCCUGUCCUCGAGGAAGCAGUUGGCGCAGAUUGGCUAUCGCUUGUUUCCCCUUGCUCGUGGCCUCUUUGAGGAUAAGGUAGCAAACUUUUGGUGCAUUUCUUCCCUGCUGAUAAAGUGGCGGACCCUCCUCUCCACCCAGGCCAUUCUUGUCGCCUGCACGCUCCUCACCCUCCUCGCCGCCCUACCCGUCUGCGUCAACCUCCUCCGGCGCCCGACCAAACUUCGCCUGGCGCAUGCCCAAGUUGUCGUCUCGCUGGCCUUCUUCCUGUUCUCUUACCAGGUUCACGAGAAGUCCAUCCUCUUGUGUGCUGUUCCUGUGCUCUGCAUGUUCCCCCUCACUCCCAUAGCCUCCUUCUACUUUUGUAUGGUCUCUACCCUCAGUCUUUGGCCCCUCCUUCUUAAGGACGGUCUUGCUCACGCCUGCAUCGUUUUGUCCGUGUGCUUUUAUGCUUUAGGAUUGGCUUUUAUCCACUUCAACCCCUCUGGUAGGGACCCACUUGCCUUGCCGGCCUUUUGGCCUCUGAAUGUGUCCAUGGUAAUUUACUUUGGCCUAUUUGGCCUCCAGGCGAUAGUCAGCCCUCCCGCCAGUUAUCCUUUCAUUUUCUCGCUAGCUGUUAACGCAGUCAGUUUUGGCCACUUUGUUGGGUUCUUUUGCUUUUGGUACUGGUGUCUUUUUCGUCUACCGAGAUCUUCUUGA